ACGCGAUACAGGAAUACUUAUUUCUUUUAGAAAUGCAUUUCCUUGCUCGGACUUUCACAAGCCGGUUGAGUGCCGGGCUGUGAACGAAAGGCGGGGUGGGUCUCGCUGGGAGAGGUCGGCUGUGACAGUGGCUCUGAGCAGCACGUUUAAGCGUUUACGACCCUCGUACAGACUCCGUCUUACGGGAUCGCUGCUGAGCUGAACAAAAACGCCAUCAGCAAGCGCUAAAGUCCUGGCUGAGAAAGGCAGCUCUGCACCAAAGCAGGGGGAAGAGCGAGCGGCUGCUCAUUUGGAAUAACUGCGGUCUUCAUCUGGAAUAAGCGCGGUGCGAAGCGCAGAGCGGUGCUCAGCGCUGUGCUCUUGCAGCAGACCGACGACUUCCUUCUGCGUUUUAUCUGGAAGCAAGCUGCCUAGAAAAAGCCAGUAAAACGGGUGACGGCGCAAAGCCAAGGUUCACGACGCAAAUUCACGAACGGGGCUGAAAUAACAACAAGACCGCCUUUAAGCUCCCAAAAGCUGAAAACAGCCACCACCACCGUUCCAAAAAGACGCGUUUAAUUUGCCUCCCGUCACACGGCCGUGAAUCACCUCGGCAGCCAGAGGCAUCCCCGGGGCUCCCUGCGUGAGAACGAAACGGCAGCGCCAUUAAAGAAAGAAACGAAAAUUAGCUCGAUGCUCACGCAGCUCAGCCUGGAGACCUCCCCCAGCUCCGGCCCCGCAGCCUGCGGAGGCGGAUAAAGGGCGCCGAAGGGGCAGCCAUCACUGUUACCCCCAGCCCUUUGCUGGCGCCAUGCGGUUCCCUCCCGGCGUUGUGCUGCUCCUGGGGAUCCUCGGGGCGCUGCGCCAUGGCGGCGCCUCAGGUCUUCUUGAGCUCUCCCUGGGAAAAUUCAGAAAUGUGCUACUUAAUCAGACCAAUCCGGUGGAAGCAGUCAUCAGGAACAUUGCAAGCAAUGUGACAGUCAUCAUUUUUCAAGUACACGCGCAGCAAAGUGAUGUGGUGAUAUCUUUUGAUAAGAAUCCAUCUACAAACAGCUCAGGCACUGGAGUAGACAGAGGACUCAUUUCUAUCCUUCGACCUCAGCAGACUGUGUGUACGUGGUACCUUCGAUCUCUGGAUGCUAACCAGGUGCUAAGCACAGCUAUCUCUAUUCCAUAUAUGGAGAAAGAUCCUAUACCUGGAGGCUGCAAUCUAGAAUUUGACUUGGAAGUGGAUCCCAACAUUUAUCUAGAGUACACACUGGUUGAUGUACGCAUCAAGUUUGCCCCUGCGAACUUGGGAUAUAUGAGAGGGGCAAACCCACCAUCCUGUGAUUCAGGGACUGGUCAGAACUCCAGAUGGCGGCUGCGCUAUGAUGUCUACCAGUACUUCUUACCAGAGAACAAUCUUUCUGAGAUGGUGCUCAUGAGCCACAUACGGAAGAUGUCUGAGGUGCAAAGUAUCAAAGCUAAUGGUGUUAAAAUGCUUACAGUGACAAGUGAUGAUAAGACAGAUGUAUACUUUUCCUCACUCCCUGGGCAAGGUGUGAUCUACAAUGUCAUAGUAUGGGAUCCUCUUUGGAAUACUUCUGCUGCAUACGUACCUGUGCACACAUAUGCCUGCAGCUUUGCUGACCUAGUGGAUAACUGCUCUUCUCUUAGCAAACUCUCUACCAAAAUAUUCUUCACUGCUCUUGCUGUUCUUGGUCUCUUCACCUGCUUUUUUGGACACAGAUUCUGGAAAACAGACUUAUUCUUCAUGGGAUUCGUAAUCACAGGAUUCUUUUUCUUUGUAUUCAUCACUAGGGUAACUGGCCUUGGUUAUGAUGUGCGCCUUAUUUUGACAGCAGUAGCUGGAAUUAUUGGAGGGAUUCUCCUGGUUGCAAGCUGGUGGAGAUUGGGCUCUGUCCUACUCUGUAUGUUGAUUAUUGGACUCGUGCUGGGAUUUCUCUUCUCAUCAAUGGUCUUCUUUACCCCACUAGGAGACUACAGGGUGUUCCGUGAUGAUGUUGUGUUCUGGGUGACCUUUUCUUCUGUGGCCUUGAUGAUUCCAGUGCUUUUUGUUGGCUGUCCAAGAAUUCUGAACAUACUGGCCUGUGGGGUAGUAGGCUCUUACUCAGUGGUCCUGGCUAUUGCAUGUUAUGUCUACACAAGUCUUGCUUACAUUGCCUUAGACUUGCUCAGAAGGCUCCUCAAUGAUUACUUCAGCAGAGCUUACACCAAUGUGCCUUUUCAGACGAAUGACUUUAUUGUCCUGGCAGUGUGGAUAAUGCUAGCCCUUAGUGGAGUCACUGUGCAGCUUCGCCGAGAGAGAAGUGAAGUGCCUUUCCCACCACACCCUUACCUCACCUGGAAACGGGAAAGGGAGCGCAGAAGCACAAAUGUCUUAGACCCCAGCCAUCAUAUCCCUCCCCUGAGAGAGAGGAUCCACAGCAAGCUGCUACAGAUUAAAGAGCUUUUUAAGAAAGAGCAGCCAGCUGGGGAAAGAACUCCACUGCUUCUGUAACCAGCUCAAUAACUGGUGGGAACAGAGAGGAAGAAUCUAAGAAUGGCAAGAUAAGUUAUCACCAGCAAACCAGCCAGUGGUGCAGGCUUGUACCACUGUCAACUUGUCUUGUGUAAUAAGAGGAGGCUGUUUUUAAACUUCAAGGAAAAAUUAUCUGUCCUGUCCACUACAUGCUGUUUUGUGACAUUCCUCAAUGGCCCACUCAAACUGCUGUAACAAGCAUAUGUCUGGCUGCAGAGAUCUCAUAUUAAGGAUCAAGUACAGGUAUUUGUCUUGUAGUGAGCUAAUUUGAUGUUCAAUUAUGUGAAGUAUGAAACAGUCCUUAGAAAGCAACCUGUACAACACUGGUUCUUCCCUCACGGUGUGAAAAUUGCUGCCAAAAUAUUGUCUGACUUGCUCUCAGAGGUGAGCAGUCUGCUAUCUUGCAAGGGAAGAAAGACAAGGGUCAUACAGAGAAGGAGUUCUUCUAGCAGGAACUGAAGUAUCAUCUUCUAAUAGGUACAAAAUGUGUGGCUGCAGACGCAGUUGCAUCUGAGAAGUAUUAGUGAACCUUGCAAGCUAAAUUAAGUGACUUGAAUUUAAACUGCACUGAAUUAACUGUUGUAAGUGAGCACACUGGGGCUCAGGAAGUUGAGCUGAUCUGAGACAAGACUUUCUCCCUCUUUUGCUUGGUUCUGUAGCAGGCUGGUCAUCUGGUCUUUGUGCAGAGGUGACUGCUAAGAGAACACAAGUGGCUUGCCGCCUUGUUUGCUUUCUGAAUAGCCUGGGACUUGCUUUGUCUCUGGCAUCAUCUUUUUUGAUGAGGCACUGCCAAAGACAAUAACUGGAAUAAGCACUUUACAGCCAAUGUCAGUCUUUCCUGGAAUUAGUUGAAACACUAACUGUUGUGGUUUGUUUUUUUCUUCUUUAAUCAAUCAAUAGGUUUUUUAAUUUUUCUCUCUAAUGGUAAGAACAGCAUACUGUGGGCAAAAUACUGACCAAGAUCCUUGCUGACUCAAUAUGUUCCUUACCAAUUUUGAUUGCAUUUGCCAGAAGUAGAAUGCAGUGUAAAACAGAUAAAGGACCACUCUUGUGUUCAGUGGGAAACUGCAUCUUUUUUGGUGGCUUUAUUCACUUCCUUAAAUAAAACAAGCAGCCAUUUUCAAAAUGCAGACUGGAGCAUUGUGGGUUUGGCUCAAAUUAAUGUAUUGACCUGAGGCUGUCCUUGGGUUCUACUGCCCAUCCCCUGCCCAGUCCUGGUCUGUAUCCUCAGUGUUUACAUUGUUGUCUGUCUUAUAUUAAAUAGUAAUGAAAGUAAUGCAUUACACUGAUUCUUCAUACAGGUUUUGGUGGCUCUUUUGACUUUUUUUUUUUUAAACUUUAAUUUCUCCUUCCUGUCUUUAUACCUUUAGUGUGGGCAGUGGAGUACAUAGUCCUUCCUGUCUGGAGGUGAAUGGCUGUUCUGCUUCUUGAACGGAGCCACUGCUAGUGAAUAACCUGCUGGUAAAACUUCAGUUCUCAGCCACUACUUUAAAUUCUUGGCAGUGUGUCAGACAGCUCUCUAAGGAAAGUGGCAAUACUACUCUGAGAACUUAGUUGAAAGCUGAAACAUCCUAGCAGGAGAAAGGAAUCAAUGACUUCAAAGUAACUCAAUUUUACAGCCACUUCUCAGCUUUUAAGGAGUGAAAAUUGUAGCAUGGUACAGCCUCUGAGCUGACUGAGCUGAUCUGAUGUUUAGAGACAAAUCCCAUGACUGAUUUGAGCUGGUACAUUUUCCUCAAACAGCUGAGCAAGGCUGCAAUCCUACAGUUAGGGUCUUGCUUCCACCUGCUGUUGUGUGUGGCAGAUGGGGGUAAAUAAGGAGCUCUUUCCUUGGUCCCUGAUGGACUGAUGUUCACUGACUGCCCUUACUGCACUGAUACUGAGCUUUUCUUUGUGUAUUUGACUAAGUAGCAAACACUUAUUUGGUAUACAAAUGCUCUUAAACGUUUACCUUGUUUUUUUUAACUGUUGUGACUAGCAUUCUGAAGAAGCAAGUUGAACUCUAAUUUUCUAUAUCUUUUUAUAAUAAAGAUGUCUUUUGAAAUAAUGUUGUAACUGAAGGGAUGUCUUCAUGCUGAAUUCAGUGUCACUUUUACAGUCACAAAUACUGAAGCAAGUUGUAUGGUUGGUUGUUGUGAAACGUUAGGCCCUCAAAGGAUGUGGUAGGAGAAGCCCAGCUGACCUGUCAUAAGGACUGACUGCAGUCACAGUAACACCUUGAGGUCCAAGCUGAGACCAGCCACGUUCUGUGUGAAUGCAGGACCUGAAGAGGUGUCUGUAGCUUCAUUGGAAAAAGUUCUAAAGGACAAAAGACAGUGUGUCAAACUCUUGACUGGAAACAAGUCUGCCAGAUCCUGUGGGAAGGCUGGAGCAGAACUUGGCUUGGAACUCUUCUGAGAUCCUCAACUGGAGAUGGUAGUCUUUUUUUUUCCAAUUAAAGACUAUGUGUGGCUUAUUUUCA